AUGGCUACUAAUUCAAGAAUUUUAUACGUGUUUCUUCUUCUUUCAUGCAUUGUUAUUUCAUCGCUUGGGGGGAGUUAUGGAGAGGAUACCGAUGAUGAUGAUUGUUUUCACGGGAGUUGGCGUGGGUGCGGUAGUUUCUAUGGAAAAGCUGCCAAAAGAUAUGGCGGUAGAGGAGAUGAUGGUUAUGGCAAUGGAGAAAGAUAUGGAGCUGGUGCUGGUAUGAAAGGCUAUGGUGGUGUUGGCGGUGGUGGUGGUGGUGGCGGAGAAGGUGGUGGCAGUGGUGCCAAUGGAGGUUAUGGUCAUGGAAGCGGGUCUGGAGCGGGUGCUGGAGUUGGUGGUAAAACAGGUGGAGGAGAAGGUGGUGGAGGAGGAGGUGGAGGUGGAGGUGGAGAAGGUGGUGGUAAUGGUUUCAAUGGAAGUAAUGGUCAUGGGAGCGGGUCUGGUGCUGGUGCUGGUGCUGGAGCUGGAGCUGGUGGAGUAGCUGGUGGAGCAGGAGGUGGUGGAGGAGGCGGUGGCGGAGAAGGUGGUGGUGCUAAUGGAGGUUCUGGUCAUGGAAGCGGAUCCGGUGCUGGUGCUGGAGUUGGUGGAGCAACUGGUGGAGUAGGAGGAGGUGGGGGAGGCGGUGGAGGAGAAGGUGGUGGGGAAAAUGGAGGAUCCGGGCAUGGAAGCGGUGCUGGUGCUGGAGUUGGUGGAACAGCAGGUGGAGCAGGAGGAGGUGGUGGUGGUGGAGAAGGUGGUGGUGCUAAUGGAGGAUCAGGUCAUGGAAGCGGAUCCGGUGCUGGCGCUGGAGUUGGCGAAACAGCAGGUGGAGCAGGAGGAGGUGGUGGUGGCGGAGAAGCAGGUGGAGCAGGAGGAGGUGGUGGGGGCGGUGGAGGAGGCGGUGGUGGCAAUGACGGUAAAUCUGGUGGAGGAUAUGGCCACGGUAGUGGUUUCGGUGUGGGAGUUGGCUUUGGAAAUGGUGGAGGAGGUAGUGGUGGAGGUGGAGGUGGAGGUUCAGGCAGUGGUUAUGGUGCUGGUUUUGGUAUGGGUAAAGGCAAUGGUAAUGGAGGGGGUGGGGGUGGAGGAGGUGGUGGUGGCGGUGGAGGUAGCGGUGGAGGAAGUGGAAGUGGAAGUGGAAGAGGAGAAGGAUAUGGAUCGGGAGGAGGAACCGGCAUAGGCAAUGGAGGAGGAGGAGUGGGUUUUGGAAUGGGCAUUGGCUUUGAUAUUGGCAUCGGAGGAGGAAAUGGUGGUGGUACCACUUAUCAAAGCAAUAUUUCCGGCGAUAAAAAUUCUCCCUAG